GCAACUAAAAUCCAUCAACAAGCUAGUUAUCGUUAGCUCACGCACACCGAUGCGGUGAACACCAUCACAGAUGCUUCGGCCUCAACAAAACAUGGACUAGCCGGCCGAGAGACAUUCCGCCGCAUUGACAGUCGUCCGCCAGGCGAGGACCGUCUCAGGUGGUCGUAAUUAGCUGCUUCAUUCAUGCCGUCGCGGCGGAGGGGAGAGUUUGAGCUGUAAGUGGCGGGCAGGCUCGGCCAUCCGGUCGCCGGGACGACUGGAGCAACACGGCUCACUCACCGCGAAGGAGCAUGGUGGUCCCCCAGGCGGACAAUGGCAGUCCAACAUCUGGCCUUAUGGAGGGCUCCCAUCCUGGGCGCGAGAAGGAAGAAGAAGAGGAGGGUCAGGGCAUGGCAGGUGGGGAGCUGGAGGAGGUCCGCAAGUUGCAGGAGCUCGUUCGCAAGCUGGAGGUCCAGAAUGAGACCCUGCGCACCAGGGGGAGCAUGGCCAUCAACCCCAGGGGAGCAGGCGACAACAGCAACCUCACAGACGGCGACUAUAUCAACGAGAGGCUGAGUUGCCAAGAGGUGACCGACUCCCGCCUCGGGUUGCAGCCCGGCGGCGAGCGGCGCACAACAGAUUUUGAGCUGUCGCCCACUCAGGACAGCAGCAGUGGUGAGGACAUGUCCCCUCUGUGCAGCAACGGAGCGGCUCAGACCCCAGAGAGCCCCUCUCAGGAGACAUACGAGUCAGAGACGCUUGCACAGAGCGACUCGGGGCUGAACCAAACUGCAAUGGACGAAGUGGAUGUCCUAGAUUUGGAGGACGGUUAUGCAGACGUAGAGGACGAGGACAGUUGGUUGUAUGUGUCUCCGAGAAAGCAAGUAGAAGAUCAAGGCCCAGAUUCUCCAAUGAAGUGGUGUCGGCAGGCCUUUGACCACCGGAGCCCCGAGACAGAAAUAGCUUGUCGGACCUUGAUCAACCGCUUGGACCAGACGUCUCGAUGGAGGAACAUGUACAGUAGCCCAUCAGCAGAGGCAGGCUCGGCAGGCUCAGGCCUGAUCUCUCCUGGGUACCACAAAUCAACUAACAAAUCCCUACUAACCUGUGGCAGCGCAGGCGUCCCUACCAUGCACUCCGCCCUGAGCUCGCAGUCCUCCAUAGACAGCGAACUCAGCACAUCCGAUGACUCCAUCUCUAUGGGCUACAAGCUGCAGGAUCUCACUGACGUCCAGAUCAUGGCUCGCCUACAGGAAGAGAGUCUGAGGCAGGAUUUCGCCUCCAGCUCGGCGUCGGCGUCGCGCCGCAGCUCCGCGGCCUCGCUACAGUCCCUGCGCCGCGGCGGCACUUACAGCGAUCAGGAAUUCGACAGCUACAGCCUCGAGGACGAAGAGGACGAGUUUUGCUCCGUGCCCCAGCGACGACAUCGCUACACCCCCUCACCGCUAGGCUCCCCCCGGUGCUUGUCCCCCUCCACCUCCAACCACGGCCAGGAAUACGGCAACCGACUCGGGGCUCCACGCACAAGAGCGCCCAGGCGAUCGCUCCAGGGCCCCAGUACCGAGCUCCUUAAGUUCGCCAAGAGUGAGGAAGAGUUAAGGCACAGCAUGCCUAAUCUGGCCCCCCGCACCAGCCUACGUUCCCUGGAGGCAGUCAGAAACAGUCGCAGCAUGGAGGCUAACCUCCAGAGCUCCGGCAACCGCAUGUCCCACCUGACUCACUCCCCCUCCACAGGUAUCCCGUCCAGUCGGCUGCGCGGCAGUGGCCAAUCACCGCUCUCCCUGCGGAUCCCAGUAAAAGCAGUGACUCCAGUGGGCUCCAUGGCAGCUAGUCGUCAGCCUUCUAGAGGUCUGCCUGUUGCCCAAGCGGGAGGGGGCCGCAGGGUCCAGUCUCCAGCCUCUGCCAAUGGCGGGGUCUAUACACCCGGGAGAGCCUCCACUGGGGCAGGAAGGGCUGCCGCGGGCCGAGGACAGGCAUCGACCAGGAGUAAACUCUCGCAGCCCAGGUCUUUGGGCUUGACUAAAAUGUCAGAUGAAUCCUGGAGAGAUGGCUGUUACUGAGCCUGGCCGGUAAUGAAGGACGUUUCCUGCUGCAACUCUUCUCUUUACCUCUCGUAGAAGACUGUCCACAAAUGUGUCGUACAACCUUUUCUGAUAGGAGCACCUUCGCUGCACCGGAUUCGUAGUUGACUUUUCCUCGCAUGAAACCUUGUCAACCCACACAAAGAGGAUGUGUAGGCAGACAUAAAGGCACAUGUGCACUCUCCACGUGGCAUAGACCAACUCUGAGCUUCCAGAAGAUUUGUUUGUGUCAAUUUCACUUAUUUUUCUAUGGUAAUUGUGAGAAACUGUGCUGGAAUAUUAUGGGUUGUAUCACUGUUUGCUUGAUGUACUUGACAUGAAGACAAUUUCAAAAAAUAUACGGUUUGUUAAUUUUCUGUGUGCAUUCCUACUAGAUUAAGGUGCUGAAUGUUGCAUGCUUGGUUUUGUUUUUUAAUCGCUCAUGUAAAUGAGAUUACAAAUGUGUGAAUUCAUGAAUGUUUGAUUGGUUUACUGUGUAAUUAUCUUUGUCUCGUAUUUGUGUUAUGCUCUUUGCUUACAAAGCAAUGCAACUCCUGUAAACCACACUGCCCUUAUAAAUAAGUCUAAAAAAGAAGGAAAAUAUGGUUUGUGCCAAGGCGCAUUUCAGCUGCAAAACUUUCUACUAGAAGAAUCUUGAGUCAUCAAUGGUACUGUUAGGCUACUGCAUUUUGCAGGUAUUUUUACUGCAUAUCAAUAUUUGUUUGGAGUGCUUUUGGAUACCAUUGCAAUGAAGAAAAUGUGUAUGCACUAAGGCCUUGUUCCUUAAGACAGCUAUGCACCCUCAUGCAGAGCAACUCUGACAAUUAGGAGCUGUAAUGAAAAUGAAGAAUAAAGUUUACCCUAAAAUUAAAA